AUGAAAAGGUCAAAUUCAGAUUCAUUAACUUUAUAUUCUUAUCAACCUUGUUCAACAAGUAUAACUUCGAUUUCAACCACCUCGAAUAAUAUCAAUAUCAAUAAUAAUAAUAAUAAUAAUACUAUUCCUACUAGUACUAAUAGUCCUCCUAUUAAUAAAUCUUUAAAACGAGUUAAAUUAGAACAUGAAAUCUUCUCCACUUCCAUAAAAGAUAUCGAAUUAAUGUUUAAUCCUAUUACUAUUAUCGAUCAUCAAAGUUUACAAAAGGAUCAAUAUAAAUUCAAUUUUAAUUAUAAAUCUUCAAGUCAACCAAAAGUUCUUCCAACUCAUAAUAUCAUCAAUAAUAAUAAUAGUACUAAUAAUAUGAUUGUUCCAAAGUAUACUACCAUGGCAAGAAGUUCCAAUGUUAAUACUGUUCAUGAUAAUAGUACCAUAUUGAAUGCUUUGAAAUAUGAUUGUAUAAAUUUAUCAUUAUUAUCAUCGAUUAGUUCUGCCUCGAUUUCAGAUGAAGAAGAAGAAGAGGAAGAUGAAGAAGAAGAAGAAGAGGAGGAAGAAGAAUUCGAUGAAGAUGAUGAUGAUCAAUUCAUCGAUAAUACCAAAGUUGCUAUUCCAAUCUUACCAUCCCAAACUAAAUCUGUAAAUAAUAGUCUUAAUAAUUCCUUAUGGCAACAAUCUAAUAUUCAUAAUCAUUCCGUGGCUCAAUUAAUCAAUUUUGAAUUGAAUUAUUUACCAUUGGAAAUGACGGGUGAUGAUCUUUAUGAUGAUGAAGAUGAAGUUAAUGAUGUUAGUUUAAGAAGAGAUUUAAUUAGAUUAAGGAAAUUUAGUUUGGAACUGGAUUUAAAUAGAAUUGAUGAGAUGAUUCUUUUGAAUCACUAG